CCAUGGUUGAGGAUAACUUAAACCUCAAUCCAGUGCACUGCAACAACAACAACAACAUCAAAGCCUUGCUUGGAAACCACUGGACUGAUUCAACUCCCACAGCUUCUCUCUCUCUCUUUCUCUUGGUGCUUUCCUUUUCCUGUCUUCCACUCUCUUCUUGCUCCUCUCCCCUGCCCAUCUAACUUGAAUCUUAAGGCAUAGAGUUGUUACCUUAUAUAUUUCAGGUGCCAAUUCCCUUACCUUCCCUCUCAGGCACAUCAAACCCAUUAAGCUGAUUCUCCCAACUUGGGGGAAUGGGACUGCAAUCAUGCAGCGUCACGCAGAAGCUGAGGAAAGGCUUUUGGUCUCCUGAGGAAGAUGAGAAGCUCUGCAAUCACAUCACUAGAAGUGGAGUAGGCUGUUGGAGCAAUGUGCCUAAGCUUGCAGGACUACAACGAUGUGGAAAGAGUUGCAGACUGAGGUGGAUCAACUACUUGAGGCCAGACCUCAAGAGGGGAAGCUUUUCCCAGGAAGAAGAAGGUUUGAUCAUUGCACUGCAUCAAGUUCUGGGCAACAGGUGGUCACAAAUUGCGUCCCGAUUGCCGGGAAGAACAGACAAUGAGAUCAAGAACUUGUGGCAUUCGCGCAUCAAGAAGAAGCUUCGGCAAAUGGGGAUCGAUCCGAUCACCCAUAGGCCACUGAGUGAGGCAGCAGCGGUGCAAGAACAGGAGAUCUGCUCGAGCAAUCCAGUCCUUGCCACCUCCUUUGAACACUUCCCAUGGAUUCAAACCCAGGAAUGCCUCGACCGGUCACUCGAUCAGAAUGACUUGCUAGCCAAUGCUGGACUAGCCGAAUGCAGCAGUGUGUUGGAUGUGCCAGAGACAUAUGGCCAUGGAGAGAGCUCGAGUAACAGCAGCAACUGCGACUGCCAUGUGCUACGAGAAGAAGUCCUGAGUUGGACUUGUGAAGGUGGGUGGGAACCAGCGACUCACAUGCAGAUCAAUGGAGUGGAGACUUGUGAGGGUGAGUCGAGCGCAUGGCAAGAGAAGAAGCAGCAUCAUGUGGCAAGCACAGAUGAUGGCGGCAGCCUUCCAAUGAGAUCGCUGGACCGCGAUUUCACGAACGAUGACUGCGGUGUCACUCAUGAGGCUUUGAAGAGCAUACUGAACGCGGAUCUCUUUCGGAGUUUGGAAUGAUCUGACGAAGAGUUUUCAGGGACGUCAUGAGUUGCUCACGCCACCCUGUUGGUCUACAGUGCGUUGCAAUUUCCACUUGUUGGAUCUUUGUCCUUCUACAGAAACUAGUUAUGCUGGAUAAGAUGUGAUGCUUUGUAGUUUCUGAUGUCUUUGUAGGCUGUGGUUAUCUUUGUCAUCAUCAUUGUUAGUAGGUGUUACUGAACUCCUUUUUGCUCUAUUGCUCCCAAAUGCAACACAAUCUGCCUCUGUCUGCAGUAGCUGUUUUCACCUUUGAUGUAGUGAUCCAACAGAGAUACAAGAGAUUCAACAGCAGAGCAGAACCACCCUCUAUUCCAUGGUAAGCAAUUGGGUUAGUUUUAGUUUUGUUGGAAACUUUAA